AUGACCAAUCUGGCCUGCAUGUGCAACCCCAGCGCAGAACCCCAGAUGGUAGUAGCGGCUUGCGUGUACAAGGCUUGCACGAUACCGGAGAUGCUGCAAGCUCAGAAGUUCACGACGGAGCUUUGCAUGAGGCCAACAGCCAACAAGGCUCCGUUGAUCCUGGGCCUGGUAUGGGGAUUUGAGGCGCUGGGGUUCAUUGCCAUGGCACUGCGGCUGCUGUCUCGGUUCGCGGCGCAGGGAGGAGGAUUCGGAUGGGAUGAUCUGGUUGCACUGGUUAUCAUGGUCGCCAACAUUGGAGCUGGCUCCAUGAUCACUGUCGCAACGGUGAAAUACGGAUAUGGUCAGGAUAUCUGGAUGUUGACCCCUGAUCAGAUCACCAACUGCUUAAAGUAUCUCCUCAUGGUGACGCCGGUCUAUAUCUUCAGUGUCGGUGGUCUUAAGAUAACCCUUAUCCUGUUCUACCUAAGGAUUUUUGAUUCGGACAGCGGCAACAGAAGAUUUCGCAUUUUGUGUUGGGCAACAAUGGGAGUAGUCGCCAUCUACUCGCUGGUGAACAUCUUCUUGUCGAUCUUCGUCUGCCAUUCGAUAAGCUACUUGUGGACGAUCUGGGACGGGGAUCACGAGGGGGAGUGCGGAGACCGCAAGGCGGCAGGACUAUCCCACGUCGUUCUCAACGUCUUGGUCGACUUGAUCCUCCUCGGGCUCCCGGUCUUCGGGCUUUCGGUCCCGAAGCUGUUCAAUUUGAGAUUGGCGACGAGCAAGGAGCUGCUCAUCAUUGUCAUGUUUGCCUUUGGUCUUAUCACUACUGUUUGUUCCGUCGUUCGUCUGGUCGACAUAGGAAGAUGGGAGCUCACAUCUAGCCCGAACUUGACUGUCAGCACCAUCUCUUUCAUGAUAUGGACAAUCGCGGAAUGCGAGUUUGGCCUCAUCUGCGCCUGUAUCCCCAUGGCAGCGCAAGGCUUGCGCGCAAUGCGUCCGCAAGCCUCAAAACUUAACGAGCCGUCAGGAACAGGCUCGCCGUCGGAACCCAAGAGUUCAAGCACAUCUCAGCGCGUUACUCAGUUGUGGAACAGCACUGCGGCCCCCUGGACAGGGCGCAGGAGGGUACGCGACCCGGUCUCGCUGCUGCUGGAGUCGAUCGAUGAGUCGCCGGACGAUACGGAAUCCGAGAUCAUCAUGAUUCCGAAAAAGACAGAGAGGCUGGCCUCAAUUCUAGACACGGAAUCUAUUCGGAGGUUGUGGGUUAUGAUCAGCAUGGCCGAUCACAACAGUGCCGGGGCGAGUGCUUCCACCUCAGCCCAGAGCAGUUGGGUUAUGAUCAGCGUAGCCGAUCGCAACAGUGCCAGGGCGAGUGCUUCCACCUCAGCCCAGAGCAGUGGAUCGCAGUGGGACGCCGAGUCAAUGCUAGACCAUGAGAAGCCGCCCAGUCUCGGGCUGAGGCCGGUGCCGCAUUCCCACUACCAUCGCGGUGGUCGACGGAACGUUCUGCGUCCAUACCUAGCGGAGGGGCAAGUCGAAGGGUAG